AUCAGUUUAGCAGUGUUCUAGCUAAAGUACCAAGUAAAGAUGCGCUUCUUCCUUGUAACCUUUGCCGUAGCUUUGGUGUUCGCACCAGCUCUUGGAAAACCAGGUUUCAACUUUGGAGCUAUUUCUGGUGCUCUUGGAGGCAUUACUGAUACUAUUGGAGGAAUUACUACCGGAAUUACCGAUACCGCUGGUCAAGUUAUUGAUGGAGCCACUGGCGCCCUUACUGGAGCUGUUGAACAAUUCCAGGGAGUCGCCAAAACCGUCACCGAUACUGCUGGAAAUCUCAUUGAAACUGGAGUAAAUCUCGCUGGAAACACCCUCACUCAGGUUACAACUGCUGCUGGAGAAGUUGUCCAAGUCGUCACCGAUGCUGCUGGAAAUGUGAUCUCUGUUGGAGGCCAACUCGUUUCCUCACUCUCCGAAGGCGUCGUCAGUGCUGCUCAAGCUCUCGUUGAUGGUCUUGCAUCUGCUGGUGGUCAGGUGACUCAGCAAGUAACCGAUGCUGCUGGACAGCUCGCCGGUGCUGCUCAACAAGCUGGACAGGUUGCUACUGACGCCGCUGGACAGGUUACUAGCGCUGCUCAACAGGCUGGACAGGUUGCUACUGACGCCGCUGGACAGGCUACUGCUGCUGCUCAACAGGCUGGACAGGUCGCUACUGACGCCGCUGGACAGGUUGCUGGCGCUGCUCAACAGGCUGGACAGGCUGCUGCUGACGCUGCUGCUGGCGCCGCUGGUCAGGUUUCUGGAGGAAUCGCCAUUUAAGUGAACGACGUAAAAGCCAUAAAGAAACUCCCGGAUAUUUCGAUGAUGGACUUGUAAAGAACUAUUAAAUAUAAAUAAAUAAUUAAAUGCAAAUAUAAAA